GCUGCUGCUAGUUGGCUGCGACAGCUAUAAUGCAAAUUGUGAAAUUUAAGCCAAGAACAAAGUAUUUGAAACAAAAUUUCAAUCAUUUUGAACAAAAACCUUUACGCUACAGCAUUGGCUGGAUGAUUUAUAUUUAUUGUUGUUUUAGUUUAAGAGUUGAAUCUCACUUUAUUUCUAAUGACUUCCAAUUAAUUUAAAUUUUUUGACUGUAUGUGGCGUCUGUAUAUUAUAUUCAAGAUGUCUUUACAAUUAACAGUAGUGUAUGUACUAUGUAGAAAGUCGAAAACUUAAUUUCUAUGAAAAUUACAGUUCGUAACGACAAAUAAUUUACACUUUUUAUUCAAAAUUUAAAUGUAUAUAGUCUUCCUCUAAGUAGUCUGUAGAAACUAUAUUGAAAGUCCUUGCAAAUAAAAAUAUUUAUUAAUUAAACCACUGCUUGUUAUCUGUAGUUCAUUUGUAAAUUAUUUUUUAAAAUAGUAAAAUUUGUGUGUUAUUAGUUAUAUUCAUCGUAAUUUUUAUAUCACGAGUGGAAACCUGUUAAAAAUAUCUUUUGUCUGUUGUGAAUCUUAUAAAUCACAAUACAUUGUUGUAAAUUGUGUUAAAUGUUACAGAAAGAAGUUUCAGCGUACAUUCAUUACUCUUCGUCGGCUAAAUGAAGAUAUUAUAAUGUUCCUGUGUCAAGAUAAAAGUAAAAAGAAAAGACUACAAAAGCCAAACAUAUUACGUAGAAAUCCCAAGACUUUUAAAUCAAUCAAUAAGGACCUUGAGUUAAUUAGAGAAAAGCAUGUCGACGCAAGUUUAUUGCUAGAAACUGACCCAAAAAAUGGGUCAAAAAAAGGCCACAAUAUGAAAACCUCCAGUGAAGUCAAUGAUGUCAAAAUUAAAAGCUUUGAUCUCUCAGAAGUAGAACCUAAACAAACUCGUUUGAUUCCUAUUCAUUCAGAUAUAACAGAUAUUCAGCCCUCGUUGAACAUUGACUCUUUUCUGAUUAGACAUUCCGAAGGGCAGAAUAUACCCUUUAAGAAAAAUAAACAAAAUGCUGAUAGCUCACAUGAUAAAGUGUGCUUGGCAUUUAUUGAUGGCAAUUGUAGGCAUCUGAAAGAAUUUUGUUCUUCAGAGAAGAUAAAUUUCAGCUCCAUUAUUCCGCAGACAUUUAACGAAAGGACAGAAACAGUCCAUUCAGAUGAACAAUUCAAUGAACAUAUGAGGUUUUCUAUUGAUGGCAUUUCCCAAAGUAGAACUAAAUACAAGUGUGAUGUGGGAGAUUGCGUAAAGGUGUUUUUAAGUGAAGAAAAGUUAUUGAAACAUAAGAAUACUCAUAAUAAAGUAUGCAGGAUUGCACGACCAAGUGUUUUUGAAUGUCCUGUUAAAAAUUCAAGUAAAUUAGAAGUAACCUGUCAAAAAGUGUUUUUAGUGAAAGAAGAGCUUAUUAAACAUAUAAAUGAAGACCACUCACUAGACGAUGCAGCAUUUAAAUGUGACGUUUGCGAGCGUCGUUUCUUUUGGGCAUCUGGCCUACGUGCGCACAAGCGUUCGCACGUUGAGCGUGCGUCUUUUGCGUGCCCUUGGCCAGAGUGUGGGCGUGUGUUCCGACACGCUUGUCGCCUGCGCGAACAUAGCCGAGCGCACACUGGCGCCAAACCCUACCAUUGCACUUACCCGAAUUGCGGCUGGUCGUUUCGCACCGCGAGCAAGCUACUACGUCACUCGCGGCGUCAUACAGGCGACCGUCGUCAUACGUGCGUGCAAUGCGGCCGAGCGUUUCUGCGGCGCGAACACUUGCGCGACCACGAGGCUAGGCAUCACACAUUAGAAGACACAUCUAUUGCAGUACAAGAUAAUGACACAUGUGACAUAAACCCAAAGCAACACAAACCAAUGAAGAAGUCUGAUAAAUCCACGGCAAAAGUAAAAAGAAAACAAAAUACAUGUAAUGCAGAGAGUGACCCAGAGCGUAUUUUAAAAAAAACUGGACAAAAAUUCAUGGUUGAACUUUGGGAAGGAAAUCAAAUUAAAUUGUUGGACGAACAGUCUGUUGCGUUACCCGACAUUAAUGAUAUGAGGAUGGUUAAUUCGGACGCCCCACCAAAGUCUGGGGAAGUGAAGGAUUCCCUCUUGGGUCCCGGAAGUUGUGAAGACUUUGUGACGUAUCCGGAGGAGGGGAAAGAUCUGGUGAUCAGUCACGGCGAUAGAGAGUUUGUGAUAACAACUACUGAGGAUUUCGUGAUUCAGGCCAGAGAAGAGGGAGAAGACUUAGUGAUUACAUCGCAAUUUGAAGGAGAAAGAGAUUUCGUGUUGACGUCCGGUCCUGAUGAUUUAGUAAUAACUGGGGAGGAGGUAAGGGAUGAUCAUGCGGCGCGUACGCAUUGCACGUGGCCUUUGCGGAAGGCGGACUAUAAUUCCGAUGAUUAUGUCCUAGAAGAUGAUGUUCAGGUAGAGCAGUUAGAAGGAUCAGAGAGUAAUGUGUUCACUGUGCGAAGCGAUCUUUUCCUUCAUGGCAGUGUCUUCCACAAUGAUGAUAGCGAACAGAUGUGCAGUGCAGUACGUGCAAGUGUGUCCGAGCGUGUUCUGGAUUCAGAACUCAUGUUGGACGCACCUUCCGUGCAUCUUGCGCAGGAGGAGCUAUAUACAGAUGCAGUGGACGAGUCUUCCUUCAGAGUUUUGCUUUUAAGUGGUGAAGAACUCACAUGAGAGCUUUUAAUACUAAAAUUCGUAUCUAUUAUUAAGAAUAAGUUUACAUGUAUGGAACUAAAGCUAGAUUUUAAAAACCAAUACUUUCAUCUAGUUCAUUGAGGUUCAGGAUGCGAUAGAGAUGCCAAAUAGUCAACAUUACUUGAUAUUAAUACCUAAUAAGGGCUAACUUCGCGAGAGGUACUAUCUAAUGUCGGGGGCAAUCUUGCAAAAAAUUACCGAAGUUAUAAUUCUCAUAUCGACUUUUUCUCUCAAUAAUGUUAGCUGACUCACGUCCCAGUGACCGUGCCCUUACUCUUUUACUUUGAGUAAUGAAGUUAAACUUUCGUAAAAUUCAAAAUCGGCAUUGUGGGUCUGUGGUUUUUGCAACAAUUGGAAAAAGACGCUGAUAGUUAAGCAUACAGAUGGCCCUUUUUUAAUUUAAUAAUUUUCUCCAAAAAUAACAAAUAACGCUAGGAAAUGGUCGGUGGUAGAAAAAUUAUUAAGAGUAACAUGUGAAGGUGUUU